CAAGACCAGCAGCAGGAUGCAUGACGUUCUCAGGGUGGUGGGAGGAACCGAGGCCACAUACGGAUCACAUCCAUGGCUGGUUUCUCUGCAGAGCAAGGGAUCUCAUUUCUGUGGAGGAGCAAUCCUGACAGAGCGCUGGAUCAUGACCGCCGCCCACUGCUUUGCAUCGGUCUCCAAAGAGUUUCUUGACGGUGUGAGGGUGGUGGUGGGAGAAUUUGACCAGAGAGUUCAUGACGAAGAGGAGCAGGUCUUCCUCAUCAAGAACAUCUCAGUCCAUGAGAAGUACAAGCAUGCUGUGCCCAUGAGUUAUGACAUUGCCCUGCUGGAGUUGGAUCAACGUGUUCAAUUGGGAGUUCAUGUCCAGCCAAUAUGUCUGCCUCUGCCCAAUGAGAAUUUUCUGCCUAAAACCAGAUGCGUUGUGGGUGGAUGGGGCAGGAUGAAAGAAAGGGGCCGUCUUCCUGCGGUACUGAGAGAGGUCCAGUUGGACUUGGUGGAGCCAGCCAGGUGUAAAUAUGUGCUCCAGACCGUGAGAAGCUCCACUCUGUACCAGGGACCAGAGAGGCUUCAGCCGGCCAUGACCGUGCUGUGUGCCGGGCCAGAGAGAGGAGGGAAAGACGCCUGUCAGGGGGACUCAGGGGGUCCCCUGGUGUGUCCAGGUGGAUCGGGGGGCCGACGCUGGGUGGCGCUGGGUUUAACAUCCUGGGGGAAGGGCUGCGGUCGGAGCUGGGGAAACAACAGCAGUCGGCCCCCGUCCAGAAGAGGCUCACCAGGGGUUUUCACCGACAUAAAGCUGCUGCUGCCCUGGAUCAAGAGCAAACUAAGAGAAGCUGAUUGGCAGCACCAGGGCAGGACUCCAUCAAGACUCUGCAGCGUGAGCGAUGGGCCGGUGGCCGACAGCGAGGGUGUCAUCAGAAACCCCGCCAGCCCCGCUCAUCACUACGGCAACAACGAACUGUGUUCGUGGGUGAUCUCUGCUCCUCCAGGUUGUGGUAUCCUAUUGGAGUUUGAUCAUUUUGAUUUGGAGAAUGACUCUCACUGUCUCUAUGACCGGCUCACUGUCUCAGUCGGGGCCAACAGGCCUCUUGCAGUGUUCUGCGGCAGUGUCCCUCCUGGCCCGGUGCUCCUGAGGGACUCCCAGAGUGCAACACUUCUCUUCUCCACUGACGUUAGCGGAGCGGGAAGUGGGUUUGUUGUCAGUCAUCGUGCCAUCCAUGGAAAUCCUAGUCCUGGAUGCGGGACAGUGGUUCUGGUGGGGGAUCAGAAUGCUGUGCACAGCCCGAACUACCCACAGUCUUACAGUAACGACUCCAUUUGCCGUUGGGUCAUCUAUGCUCCACAGGGCCAUGUUGUUAAGCUGGACUUUGUUGAUUUUGACCUGGAGGAGUCAGAUGGAUGUCUGUACGACUCCCUCGCUGUCCUGGGAAAUGUGGAGGGAACAGAGGAGAUCGUGGUGCUGUGUGGCGGCAGUGUCCCCCCUCCCGUCCUGUCCUAUGACAGCAUCAUGGUGCUCCGGCUCACCUCAGACGGCUCGGUCACACACAGAGGCUUCAACGCCACACUGGCCUUCAUCAGCCAUACAGACCUGCAUGCACAAGAGAGGAGAGGUGUGGCGGGUCGGCGCGACGAUGAUGAUGGUGAUGAUGAUGUGACAGCGAACCUGCAGCACGUGACAUCACACGUGAGUGUGGAUCCAGCGGGAGCAGCCGAGCGGCCGUCCAGCAGCCGAGCCUCGUCGCACCGGGCGCUUCUGGGUCAGGACGGCCAUGUGGACGUCGGCUCAGAUGAUGAGGACUACAGCAGAGAAUCGUCAGGGUGGGACCAGUCACCUGCUGGACGGAGGCUGUAAACUCUAACUGUAAUCUGUGGAAUAUAUACGACUGAGCUGAGAAUAUUAUUAGACAGACUCCACUCCACACCAGUAUGGAUUACUGGAGGCUGUAAAAAGUUGAGGGCAUUGAAUAGAAAUCUUUGAUCUAGACUGAAAAAUGUGUCCUAAAAUGGAAAAUAGCCUUUAAAGGU